GCAGCUGAAAGAUGUUGGCGCAUGCGCACAAGAGAAACAUGUUAGCUCGUGCGCUCAAUGACCUGUACGUCAACAAACUAGCAUUAGCGUGAAAACCUGCUGCAGAAUCCAAGUGAGGUUCGUUACAAAUAUACUAAAAUAACAAAAUUAUCCCCGAAGGUCCACCUAUAGGGGUGCAGACGAACCGAGAUGUUGAACCCGGCCAACGGUGACCCAGGCCACGUCGUUGUGAAUUAUGUGGAGGAGUAUUUGGAUCUGGUGGAGUCACUGCCCUUUGACUUGCAGAGGAGUGUCUCUCUCAUGAGAGAAAUUGAUGCUAAAUAUCAAGAUGUUCUGAAGGAGCUUGACGAUGCCUAUGAGCGAUACCGCCGUGAGUCUGACUCCCUCCAGAGGCGGAAGCUGCAGUUAUCCAUUCAGAGGGCGCUGAUCCGGAGUCAGGAGCUCGGAGAUGAAAAAAUCCAGAUUGCUGGUCAAAUGGUGGAGAUGGUUGAGAACCGAACACGGCAGAUAGACUGGCAUUCUGAGCUUCUGCUUUCCUCACAAGAGGCUCCAGAAAGCCACGUGUCCACGCCGGCAUCCCUGACGACCACUGCAACAUCCCUGAUGUCCUCUUCGUCAGCCGCAGUCACCCCGGGCAAACCCAGCCACUACGAGAAGAAACGGGACGAGGUGACCCCCGGCUCUGGCAGCGUCGACAAAGCAGGAGGCAAACGCUCAAGGCGGCAGAAAAACGGAGAGAACCGCGAAAGCUACGCCGGUCUGGAUCACCCUGAAGAAGUGGGAGCUUCGCGUGAAAAGAGAGCCAAGACAUCCUCAAAGAAGAAGAAAAGGUCAAAGGGAAAGUCCGAGAGGGAAGUUUCUCCUCCAGACCUGCCGAUCGAUCCAGACGAGCCGACAUACUGCCUGUGCGAGCAAGUGUCCUACGGCGAGAUGAUCGGCUGUGAUAACGACGAAUGUCCCAUCGAGUGGUUUCACUUCUCCUGUGUCGGGCUGCACCACAAACCCAAGGGCAAAUGGUAUUGCCCCAAAUGUAGAGGGGAGAAUGAAAAGACCAUGGACAAGGCUCUGGAAAGAGCUAAGAAGGAGAGAGCUUAUAACAGGUAGCCCACUGUGACGCUGUCGCACUGAAACUAAAACGGUGAUUUCUGCAGGUAGGGCUGCAUUGGUGGGUUUGAGUCACUGCAUCACAGAUGAAAACAAGAACAUGUAACAAGUGACAAAACAAGAAUGUUCAUUUUAGGAGAAAGUGUUCUGCAUUUACAUUUGUUUACAUCAAGCUUGCAACAUUAUAAACUCUUGUGUGGCGUUUUGUGUUCAUAACUAUAUAACAAUCAAGGCGCCGAUUAAUUUUUUUUUUUUGAAGGAUCUGAUCAGUCAGUGGGCGUUUCUAACAUCCGAUUGGUCACUUACCUUACCUUAAAAACACUUCUGCUGGUAAAUUCAUGUAACCACUUCAUUUGUAUUAUUUUUUUACAUUUCUAAAAAAAAAAAAAAACUGUAGGGAAUAUAAUGAGCCUGAUUGGGAUAAAAAAAUGAUUUUCUGUAAUUUAAGUUUAUUUAUUGCUUCUGCCCUGUAAAUUUGACACAUUUAUAUUAACUGCAGUUAAGUAAAUAUGAAUUUAGAAUGCGCAGAUUUCGUAUUUACUUGAUAAAAUCUGCUGAAUCAUCUGCCUUGAAGCUUGUUCUGUUUUUCAGCUUAAGAUUGUUUAAAACAAUCACAAGCUUACUAUAGCAGCAGAUGAAGCUGUAGAAAAUAUACUUGCCUGUAAACCACAUAUGAAGACUUUAGUCAAAUGAAGUCUUAAAAGUAUUUACCCUUUGUUGUAACUGUACUAGAUAUUUCAGAGCUUGUACAAACAGUAGUGAGAAAUAAACUCUUGAACGUGGAAA